GAUGCUUUAGUUGGCGCUAAGCAGGAGAAAAAAAACUCCACAUCCCUUUUUUGUGCCUAUCUCUGCAUGUAUGUGUGAGUCUGUGAUUGUGUGUUUGUGUGCAUGUGUGUUUGUUUCCAGCUCUCACCAGGUUGGGUGCGUUAUACUGAGGGCUUCCUGCUGCAUCCAUCUGCCUGAAACUAAAAAGCGCCGAGCUGUCACUGCACAUCGCAGGGUUUGAAAAGAGACAGUGAAGCUGGUGGAAACAACCCCUUGACCCUCUCAGGACAACAAAGGCAGCUCCUCACACACUUGAACCACAGCAGAGCAGCAAGCUUUCAUCAGACUCAUGACUGUUUGAGGGGACGCGGACCCACCGUGGCCCAUGCACUGUACCCGUUUCCCUCCCUGUCCUCCUUAUCCCUCAAGCUGACGCAAAACCCCAGACACCUCCCCCCCCUCCCCCACCCCCAUCCCCACUCCCACCCUGUCCCCAGCGACUCGCCACCUCCCAACAUGGCGUCCGGCACAGAGACCGUGCACUACAUCCACCUUCAUAACUCCAGCCAGUCAGUGCUGGAAGCCCUGCGCACGCAGCGGCGUGAGGGCCUCUUCUGUGAUGUGACAGUGCGGAUACAUGACGCUUCACUACGUGCCCACGCCUGCGUCCUGGCAGCUGGCAGCCCCUUCUUCCAGGACAAGCUGCUGCUGGGUCACUCUGAAAUCUCUGUGCCGCCGCUGGUGCCCGCCGAAACCGUGAAGCAGCUUGUGGAUUUCAUGUACAGUGGCUCGCUGGUGGUGUUGCAGUCACAGGCCCUCUGCAUCCUCACUGCUGCCAGCAUCUUGCAGAUCAAGACGGUCAUUGACGAGUGCACCCAGAUCAUCUCUCAGAGGAAGGCAGCUGCAGGGGCGGCGAGUGCAGCUGCAGCAGCGGCGGCGGCGGCAGCAGCAGGAGGAGGGUUGCUCGGAGGAGUUCUCCCUAAACAAGAAGAACGUGGCGGGGGGAAAGGGAGAGAGAGUGGUGGCAGUGGAAGCUGUUCAGUUGGUGCAGGUGGGGGUGGAGGCUACGCAAACUUCUCCAACUUCAUGGCGGAAUGUGGGGCGAAUAACAUGGGAGGGGGAUUGGGGGGUGCCAACGUUAGUGUCAGCGAGAGCGGCCAAGGCCCUAUGGAGCAAGCUAACACAGUGAGUCUGAUGGCACUGGGUGACAUGGGCCCUGGCUCCAUGUGCGGCGGCGACGGACUGGGCUCCGGGGCCGGCACAAUCCUCAUGAAGCAGAGCCCCAGCUGUACUCAGGAUGUCAGGUACAAGCUCCGAGACCUGUUGGCGCAGACGGCCAACGGAGCCAGCACUAGUAGCACAGGGAACCUCUCAGCGGGCUGCAGCUCCGGUGUGGGCAGUGUGGACAGCAUCGGCAGGGACAGCCUCCGCGGCAACACAACUGACCUCUCUGAUGACCUGGUGGGGAUGGACCGAUACAGCGAGGAGGAGGACUUGGACGGGAGAGAGCGGGGAAGAGACGGAGACAGAGACAGGGGGGCGAGCCACAGCCGCAAGCAGAGGCAGCCGCUAAGACUCCAGGUGCUGGGAGGAGAAGGAGUGGUGGUGAAAGAUGAAGGGGUCCAGGACCCAGAUGGGACCGUCUAUGCCUUGGAGGACGGGAGACGAGAUGGAGAACAAGAGGGCUCCCAGGAAUCCAUGGCAGGCUUUGGACAGGAUUUCUACGAUGAGCAGGGGGUGUUUUCGGAGAGUUUCUGGCCCCAGAGUGAGUCCCCCCAGACCAUGGCUUUCAACCCCAGAGGAAGGGUCAACAAGCCUAUGACUCCGCCUCCAACCACACAGUCCAUCAACAACCAGCUUCUCUUCCAGUACCCAGUGAGCCAGUCGCAGCCGGCUCCGUUCUAUGUGGGCGGGCCCAUGGGUGGGAUCGACAGCAUGGCAGGGACGGAGCCCAGUCAGCAGGCCCCGCCUCCUGCACCGAUGACCCCAGCUCCGCCUCCCUCUGCCUCCUCCUGCUCUGCAGGCCCCUCCCCUUCCUCCCAGGGAUCUGAGACCUCGUUCGACUGCACGCACUGUGGCAAAUCUUUACGUUCCAGGAAGAACUACAGCAAGCACAUGUUCAUCCACUCCGGUCAGAAACCUCAUCAGUGCUCCAUCUGCUGGCGCUCCUUCUCCCUGCGCGACUACCUCCUCAAACACAUGGUGGUGCACACUGGCGUCAGGGCCUUCCAGUGCUCCAUGUGCGGCAAGCGCUUCACCCAGAAAAGCUCCCUCAAUGUGCACAUGCGCACCCACCGUGCCGAGCGCACCUUCCAGUGCAACGUGUGCCACCGGGCCUUCACCCACCGCACCUUGCUGGAGCGCCACGCCCUGCAGCACGCCCACCACGCCCCCCAGGGCCAAGGCCAGGGGCGUGGAGCCGACAUGACCUCACCUACCAAGCACAGUCCUCCGGCUCUGGGAGGGCCCUCAGGUAUGGCUGGCGCGGCUGGCAUGGUUGGCAGCAUGGCCAACAUGCCCAGCCACGGAGCUUCCUCCACCUAGAGAGAGUGAGGGGGAGAUACGGGGAAGAGGGGAAGGUCAGUGAACCCAUUCCUUAAAACGAAACUUAUUUGGUCCUAACAGCCUUGUUGAUCUUUUGUUCUGGUGGGGACAGCGCUUUGCAGGUUCCCAUUGUUUUAGCUUAGCGACACCUUCAAUCAGGGUUCCUACACACGGCUGGAAAGGCUCUUUGAAGUUUGAGAGAUAUGUAAAUUUAAAAAGUGGUUUUGGAAUUGCACAAAAAUCCUGGAAAAGUUUGUAAAAAUCGUUGUUCCCUCCCCAGAAGCCCGUCUUGAAUAGUUGUAGUCUUACUGUCAUUUCCUGUGUUGUGAUACUUGUUGCUGUGAUGACUAAUCAUAAGCUAUAGAGCGACAUCGCUAACAAUCACACGCCUUGUUGAACAGCCAUUCAGACUCCAGCCAAAAAUGUAUUUUUUCGGUGGAAACAAGUUUUGACUUUUGAAAUAGAGGAUGUGUAGGAACCCUGUUUCAAAGACACCAGAGAGUCACCAAAGAGGUUAGGAAUACAGAGCGGGUUUGGGAGUGGGU